GCUUUAAAUCGAAAUUUUGUCCCUCAACUUUGUCGCCCGCCCUCUGCGUCGUGACGUCACCCUCCCCUCAUCCUUUCCACUCGCUCUGCGAUGACGUCACGUGUUGCUGGGGUGGGGGGGAACGCCAAGCCGGUAUGUAAAUGAGGCGCGCGGAUGCCGCCAGCCAAUCACGUCGCGUUUCCUCGGCUGUCAGGCUCCGUCGCCGCAUCCCAUUGGCUGACGGGUCCCCCCAACUCCCCCUCCCGCUGGUCCUCAUUAGCAUAUUGUUUACCAGCUCGAGCCGGCUUCAACAGACUGGGCGCGCUGUGGUGGCAGCAGCAGCAGCAGCAGCAUCGCCUCCAACAGCGUGAGGCGAAAGAUAAACAAUUGGAACUUUAAGUAGAACAACAUUUUUUUUCUGUUCAACAUAAAAGUUCACGUUGUUUUAGCGGCGGCUGUCCUUGCGAGAUGGCAGUGGCGCUGCUGCUGCUGGCGAUGAUGGUGAAAGUUGGAGCUUCGGCCGGAGUCGCAGCGGGCUGUGUGGAGGGCCGGGGGGAGCUGUACCGUGGCACGGAGUCCGAGACCUCGGGCUCCAGAGGCUGCCUCAACUGGAGAUCGGUGGGCACCAGAGACUACGACACGGAGCUGCACCCCGACAGCAAUACCGGAGUGGGAGACCACAACUUCUGCCGGAACCCGGACGGUGCGCUGAGCCCCUGGUGCUACGUGGCGGCCGUGGGGGGCUCCACCGGGCCUCACCGGGCCUACUGCUCCCUCAGCCCGUGCACCGGAGAUGGCGGCACGUCCCGCAUAGAGGCGGAGCGGUCGCCCCCUCCUCCCUCCUCCUCCUGGGCCCCCCGGGCUCGGGGCCCCCCGGCCCUGCGAGACCCCACGGCCUCCGCAGUGGGGGGCCAGGCCAGCUACUCGCCUACUACACCCAGUGGGGGCCUGCUCACGGGGGUGUCUGGGGGCCCGCUACCCGCCCGGAAGUCCCCUCUGCUGCCCGACGCUCAGAGGUCUUCGUCGGGCAGCAGAGGGCAGAAGAAGGACCUGGGCAUGAUGGGUCAUGUGAUUGGGAUCUCCAUGAUGGUGAUCAUCCUGCUGGCUGGAGGAGGAAUCUCCUUCAUGUACAUCCGCAAGAGGAUCAAGUCGGCUCAGAAGCAGCAGAAGCUGAAGGCUCAGGAGCGGGAGAUGCGGCGUCUCAACGGAGGCCCGGCCUGCUUUGAGAACCCAGCCUGCAAUGGCGGCGGCGGCGGCGUCAACGACCUUGGAUGUGAACCCUUCGCCUGCUACUCCCCUGCACAGCCGCAACCGCCGCAACCGCCGCAACCGCCGCAACCGCCGCAACCGCCGCAACCGCGGCGACCCGAGGGUCGCGUUCCGCUGGUGGGCGGCGCCGACGACGCCGACGACGUCUGAGGACGCCAGCGGCUGACCCUCGCCCCCUCGCCCCCUCGCCCCCUCGCCCCCUCGCCCCCUCGCCCCCUCGCCACCUCGCCACCGCCCCCCUCUCGCCGGCCGCUCGCUCCGCCCCCCCCGGGACGCUGGAUGACGGCGAGACCAAAAACGCAAACCGGCUGGCGAGGCGUCGCGGGGCGGAGUUGCAGGACCUGCAGUGGCCGGUGGGACGUGGGAGGAGGGUAGGGGACGUAGCCACACCCUUCCCCACCACCACCACCACCACCGACACCACCGGCGACACCACCACUGGCGACCUGCAGGUCGGACUAACUGUGGGGGUGGUGGCGGUGCUGAACCCGUACCGCCGGGCGGAUCGUGGCCGUAGCGGAGACACUGGGAGAGUUGUCCCCAGACUUUUUAACCCGCCACCACACCCGGCUGUCGACCGUGGCCUUCACUGCAGUGGUCGUGAUGGGGAAUCCAUUCACACUGCAGCUGCAGGGAAGACAAAGGUGGUGGUGGUGUAAGAAGCUCAACAUUACGUGUGUGUCUGAGCGAGUGUGUGUCUGAGCGAGUGUGUGUCUGAGCGAGAGUGUGUCUGAGCGAGUGUGUGUCUGAGUGUG